AGGAGCCGACACGGGCACGGACACGGGCACGCGCACGGGCACGCACACGGGCGGCGGGAUGGCUCUGGCCGAGGCGUCCAAACAAGGCGGCGAGAGCAAGUUCUCGGACAUCGUGGAGCUGAACGUGGGCGGCCAGGUGUACGUGACCCGGCUCCAAACUCUGGUGGCGGUGCCGGACUCGCUCCUGUGGCGCAUGUUCAGCCGCCGCGCGCCACAGGAGCUGGCCCGGGACAGCAAGGGCCGCGUCUUCCUGGACCGGGACGGCUUCUUGUUCCGCUACGUCCUGGACUACCUGCGCGACCUGACCUUGGUGCUGCCGGACUACUUCCCGGAGAGGAGCCGCCUGCGCAGGGAGGCCGACUUCUUCCAGCUCCGGGAGCUGGCCGAGCGGCUGAGCGAGGACGGCUCCGUCGGCGAGGAGGCCGGCCGCGGCGACGCCGACGACGGCUCGCUCCGAGGCGGCCGGCCUCCGGGCGCGGACUCCAGGAAGUCGGGCUACAUCACCGUGGGCUACCGGGGCUCGUAUACCAUCGGCCGGGACACCCAGACCGACGCCAAAUUCCGCAGAGUGGCGCGCAUCACCGUGUGCGGGAAGACCGCCCUGGCCAAGGAGGUGUUCGGGGACACGCUCAACGAGAGCCGGGACCCGGACCGCCCGCCGGAGAGGUACACGUCGCGCUACUACCUCAAGUACAACUUCCUGGAGCAGGCCUUCGACAGGCUGACCGAGGUGGGCUUCCGCAUGGUGGCCUGCAGCUCCACGGGCACCUGCGCCUACGCCAGCAACGACCCCGCCGAGGACAAAAUCUGGACGAGUUACACCGAAUAUGUCUUCUGUCGGGAACAGUAGCCACGGCGCCUCAGAAAAUCCAUCGGCCUUUUCAUUCCACUAGGCGCCCUCGGAAGAGCAAUUACCCGUACGACCGCUUCAAAGCUGGAGAUUUGAACGCACCCCCGCAAAAAAUUCAAACAUGCACAAAAGCACGGUUGGAGUCCGCCGCUGGUUCCCAAUUUACAGUAGCACGUCACUAAACAAAAAUAUAUAUACAGUCAACCCAAAUUCUUUUUUGCAAUCCGUUCUUAGCUGAAAAACUCACCUAUUUGCUGCUUUUUGUCUGCUCAUCUGGCACCAAGCAACUGUUCAAGUGAGUUAAGGAGCUUCAUUUUGGACAGAAGUAGUUCUUUGCCUCCAUCUCGCGGCCUUUUUGUGCGGUGGCAACAAUCACUCGCAGAUUUUCGUCACGGCACGGCCCCCCGGGGGCAGCUGGGGUCGGCUGUACGUAAAUCAAGAAUGAUGCCGUGGAAGCGCAUUUCAUCCAACUGCCUGUCACUCUAAAUCAAUGGCAUAGAUGAACAUUUGCAGUAUUAUUGAAACAAUAAAGUCGCAUCAUUGUUUACUAAGAAAAAAAAAAACCCCAACAACAACAUUGUUUAUGGCACUGUGUCUGGAAAUGGAACAUAAACGUUGUCAGGCUCCAAUAGUAACAUCCGCUCCAAUGAAACUUUGGAAUAACGUGUCAGGAACAAAUUGGAUUUUGGGUGUGUUGAGUGUUGUGUUGUGUGCGAAAGAAAUACAACUCAACAUUAGUCAUGUUGCUUUCCAACAUCUGAGUUUCGACUAUGAUAACUCGAUAAUUAGGUGGACAAGAUAAUCAAUUCCUGAUCAUUUGUUAAAAAAAAAGAUGAUAACUGCAUAUGAGAAGUUCAUUCAUUUUCCAUAUCAUCCUUGUCCAAUAAAAAGCAUGCACAGUAUCUCUAUUUUUUUGGGGAGUUUUUCUUUCUUUUUAACAAACAGCAAGACAGACAAAGAAAGUGAGACGGCGACGAGACAACAAAGUGGCAAAUUUGUGUAUGAAUAAACUUCUCAUACUAAUCGUG